CUCCCCCUCACGCAGCGCUCCUGUUUCACACAAAGAUGGCGGCAGCGCUCGAGCCUCCGCUCUCUCCGCCUGCGCUCACGGGCUCGUCGUCGUCGUCCUCGCGCGCGUCUCCUGUGCGUCUCACCGCGUCCCUCACGGCGGCUCGAUCCCAGAUUCCGGGUACAAGAGCAGCCGAAACGCGCUUUCCGUGAAGGCAGACCGCCGUCGCUGCGCCCGGGGCCGAGAGCUUCGUUCUGGACCUUUUUAAAUCCUACAGAAAAAGCAAAAACUGCUGGAUGAAUCUCUCAAAUUUUUCUUCUUCUUUGGAUUGAUUCUUUUUUUUUCUUUUUUUUUUAUUUAAACUAUAAUUUUUAAGCAUUUUUUACACUACAUUGGAACUCGAGGUGUUUAAGGGGCGACACGACAACACUACAGAGCGAUCGAUCCGGAUCGAUGAACCGACUGCGUGGUGUGGAGUUUUCACUGGUUUACUGAAUUCACUGGGAAUCUUUACGUGACAGAGACACUGGGAUUGUUGGGAUCUAUUUCUUUGGGGUGGGGGGGUCUCGAGGGGAGUUUAUGCUAUGGUGAUCAGCCUCCUUUCUGAUUCUUUUCGCUGCGGCUUUGAGGGAUUCACCACACGGGACAAAGGAUAGAAAACUAGGAGUGAGGAGGAGGAGGAGGAGGAAAAGGCGGCUCCAGGGCUGCUGAGGCCUCUGUGAGUGUGUGUGUGUGCGUGUGUGUGUGAGUGUGUUCUAGUGUGUGCCAGGACCAAACGCAGCCAUGGUGAAGCUGGCGAACCCUCUGUACACGGCCUGGAUCCUGGAGGCCAUCAAGAAGGUGAAAAAGCAGAAGCAGCGUCCGUCGGAGGAACGAAUCUGCAACGCCGUGUCCACGUCGCACGGCCUCGACCGCCAGACGGUCCUGGAGCAGCUCGAGCUCAGCGUUCAGGAUGGAACCGUCCUUAAGGUCUCCAACAAAGGCCUCAACUCCUACAAGGACCCUGACAACCCUGGGCGCCUGGUCCCACCCAAGCCAAAGAGUGGAGUCAGUACGGGCGGAGGAGGAGGAGGAGGAGGAGGAAGCGGGGCUUCUAAGAAAGCACCUCUAGACUGGAACAAGCUGAUCCGACGCGCCUUGGAGGGAUUGCACGAGUCCGGCGGGUCGUCUCUCAGGAGCAUCGAACGAUUCCUGAAGUGCCAGGCGGAUGUAGCGAGCCAGCUAACCGGCACGGCGGCACCCCGGAUCUUCCACCAGCAGCUCAGGCUCGCGCUGAAACGGGCCGUUGGGCACGGGCGUGUCCUUAAACAUGGCCCGCUGUUCCGGCUCUCAAGCGGCAGCGACGGCAGCGACGGCGGUGACGGACGCGUAGCGCUGGAGUCGCUGCCUCCUGUACGCCUGUUGCCUCAUGAGAAAGAUCGGCCUGUGGCCGAACCCAUCCCCAUCUGCAGCUUUUGUUUGGGGACCAAGGAGCAGAAUCGGGUCAAAGAGCCAGAGGAGCUCAUCUCCUGCGCUGACUGUGGAAACAGCGGUCAUCCGUCCUGUUUGAAGUUCUCCCCGGAGCUGACGGCGCGAGUUAAAGCCCUGUGGUGGCAGUGUAUCGAAUGUAAAACCUGCAGCAGCUGUCAGGACCAGGGCAAAAACGCGGAAAAUCUGUUGCUGUGUGACUCCUGUGAUCGAGGGUUCCACAUGGAGUGUUGUGACCCCCCACUGACACGAAUGCCAAAAGGUAUGUGGAUCUGUCAGAUCUGCAGGCCGAGAAAAAAGGGACGAAACGUCUUGCACGAAAAAGCAGCACAAAUCAAGCGGCGGUACAACGCCCCCCUGAGUCGACAGAAGGGCAGGCCGGGUCGCCCCUUUAAGAAGCUUCGAGGGAGUGGGCGUGGCCGCCGACGGCGAGGCACCGGAGCGAGUCAUUCACGAGGCUCCGCCUCCCCUCACUCGUCCUCGAGUUCGUCAUGCGACGGUUACCUUGGCGAUGGUUACCCAGGCGACGAUCAGCUGCUGUUCUCGCGGCGGGAAGAGGAGGAUGAGUCUCAGGGCACGGCGCGCUUCAACAGGAAGACCAAAGGGCUGAUCGACGCCCUGAGCAAGUUCUUCACGCCGUCGCCGGACGGACGCAAAUCUCGCGCGGAUUCACUCGACUACACACAGCAACACCGCAUCCGUAAGAAAAGCGGCAGGAAAUCAGAUACACACCAGCGCACAGGGGACAAUCAAGAUUGUGAUGACUGGAAGGAGGACGAGGAGAAACUACCAGGACACGAGAACCUGACCGAGAAGGAUGUGGAACUUUUCCGACACAUCCAGGAGCUGGCACUACAGAAAGUCGGUGUGACGGGGCCUCCGGACCCACAGAUGCGCUGUCCUUCAGUCAUCGAGUUCGGGAAGUACGAGAUCCAGACGUGGUACUCGUCGCCGUACCCUCAGGAGUACAGCAGACUUCCUAAGCUGUACCUGUGUGAGUUCUGCCUGCGCUACAUGAAGAGCCGCAGCAUCCUGUACCAGCACAUGCGCAAGUGCACGUGGUUUCACCCACCCGCUAACGAGAUCUACAGGAAGGACGACGUCUCCGUGUUUGAGGUCGAUGGGAACGUCAGCACGAUAUAUUGUCAGAACCUCUGUCUACUCGCUAAGCUCUUUCUGGACCACAAGACUCUGUACUACGACGUGGAACCGUUCCUUUUUUACGUGCUCACGCAGAACGACUCCAAAGGCUGUCAUCUGGUCGGAUACUUCUCCAAGGAGAAACAUUGCCAGCAAAAGUACAACGUUUCCUGCAUUAUGAUUCUUCCACAGUACCAGCGCAGGGGCUACGGACGCUUCCUCAUCGACUUCAGUUACCUGUUGUCGAAGCGAGAAGGCCAACCUGGGUCUCCAGAGAAGCCUCUGUCUGAUCUGGGCCGCCUCUCCUACAUGGCUUACUGGAGGAGCGUUGUGCUCGAGUGCUUGCAUGAGGUACGAGACCGAAAGCUCACCAUCCGCCGCCUCAGCAAGAUCACAGGAAUCUGCCCUCAGGACAUCACGGCCACACUGCAGAAUCUAAACAUGCUGGAGAAUAGAGGAGACCGUCUGGUUCUGGUUCGCAGGGAAAAGCUAGUGUCGGCUCACAUGGCCCGGCUCAACGCUCGCCCUCGGCUUCUGGAAGUCGACCCGGACUGCUUACGGUGGACACCAGUCAUUGUCGCCAACCCAGUCGUGUCCGACGAAGACGGGGAAGAAGAUGACGACGAGGACGAAGAAGAAGACGGGGAGAAAGAAAAUAACAAAGAUUUGAAAUCAAAUCGCAAAAGUUCCCCGCUGCCAUGGAAUAGAAUAGACAAGGAGGUCAAUGAAGAAAAAAAGUGCUUCCCAACAUUCCCCAAGAAUCAGUGCUCUCCACCGACGUCCCCCAUACGCAACAGUCUCCCGAGCCCUGAAUCCACACCACUGCAAGCCAACGGGGAGCGGCGGGGUCGUGGGCGGCCUCCUAAAAACUGGCCGUGGGGAAAAGUCAAGGAUCAACCUCGUCCCGGUCCUGGACGACCCCGGAAAAUCAGGCCCAAAGAGGACGACGAUGAAGAAUAUCAGUCUCCAAACAAAAUGACACCGGUAUCCAUGUCUCCAUCUCCUCCUUUCUCCUCUGAGAAGGAGCCAAACUGCACCGAGCGGCUGAUAGGGACGUCGAGGCUCUCUGCGCUUCCUCCGUCAAGGAACAGAGGGCGCCCUGUACGGAACAGAGGAGGCCCGAAACGUAGGCUAAGUGAGGAGUCGGGAGACGACGUUCCCUGCUUAACCAUGGCCCCUAGGCUGAGUGAAUCUCCGGUCCCUCAUUCCUGCUCAAGUGAAACCAGUGAGGAGGAUGAUCACUACAACGAAGACAUGGGUGCUCGCUCCCCUCCUGUUCUUACCAAGCCAACAUUAGGGCUGAAAAGCAAGAAGACCCCACGGAAAAGGCGCAUUCGUCAGCGUAGCCACCCACACAGCAGUGUGGUGACCGAAACCAUUUCAGAGACGACCGAAGUUCUCGAUGAACCUUUUGUAGACUCAGACUCUGAAAGGCCCAUGCCCCGGUUAGAGGAAGAGACGCCAUUUGGACAUACCCGCCGCUGUUACCCACCUGCUCGCAAACACUUGGACUCUGCACUUAAAACCAUUCGCCCAGCCAGUCUCUCCGACUCUGAUGAGGAUGAUCACACUCCAGUCCUGAAACCAGUAGGUAGCCUGAGAAGGUCAGAAGAGAUGGAGGCAUUAGAUAGAGUCGAGCCUUCUACUGUGACACCGCAGGUCCCCGUAAAGAGGAAGAAAGGCUGGCCUAAGGGAAAGAGCCGUAAGCCACAGCAUUGGAAAACCGACCCUGAAAGUAAACCGGGAAGUGGCGCAACCAACCCGGUUGCCGGCAGCACUUUGACCGCCCAGUCUUCAGAAGAACUCCAGAGACAUAUCCAGAGCAAACCUGGCAGGAAGCGCCGUAAUUAUUACCCACAACAGACCCAGGACGAAGGUGCCCGAGAAGAGCUGGACAGAAGCCAGUUGUCUCAAUUACAGUUAGAAAAGCCAGAGGAGCGAACCUUCAAGAGGAGACCACUGUCAUCUGACUUUGACUGCGAAAAGCGGAAAGAUUCUGAUGAAGGCAUCUUCCCUAAACAAAUGAGGGAACAGCCAAAGCCCAGAAGGCGAGGCCGGCCACCUAAAAAACCAAACCUCGAGCCCCCGGUUUCCAAACCGGCACCCAUCUCCGAGCCCGAGGAAGAAGAGGAAGAAGAGGAUCAAACAUGGUCUGAAGAGAAGCCAAGCCGUUCACCUUCCUGCAGCUUAUCCCAGGCGUCCAGCUCAAGAGUUCCACAGAGCAGAGACGGUGACAUGGCAGACCAAGAGGAGGAUGAGGAAAGAGAGGAUGAGGAUAACAUCUCAGGCAACAGAAGAACAGGGGCUGUCUCAGGGUCGGGAAGCAGGCGAAGUGAUGAUCAUGAUGCAGAUGACGAAGGAGAUGGUCGACUAGAGGAGAAAAGUGAUGCUGACAAGAGGAGAAAAAACCAGGACUCUGAGGAUGACGAUGAAGAGGUAGAAGAUGAGGAGGAGGAACAGUCAUCUCCUCCGCGUUCACCCCCUGUUAAAGAAGAACCGCAGAGUGGGGAAGGUUUUUUAGACAUGCAGGACAGUGGGUCACGGGAGUACAUCCACAAGCAGGAAGAUGAGGAAGAGGAAGAAGAGGUCCAAGAGGUUAAAACGCGCUCAGUUGACUCCCAGGAUGAAAGGCGGCGACGGGAGCAGGAAGAAUCUGCUGCUGCAGCUGCUGCUGUGGAGACUGUGACUUCCAUUGCAAUUCCCUCUGAUCCUCCGCACAUGGAGACAAUGGAUAGCAAAUCUGACCUGCUGUUGGAGGCAGAACAUCCUCAUGCAAACUCUGAGUUUAAGGAUGAAUUGAGCCACCAUCCACAUGACCACCACCACAGCAGUGAACUGGACCUAGAGACAGUCCAGGCUGUCCAGUCCCUCACACAAGGAGAGGCCCAGGAUGAGGAAGCUGAAACACACAGUGCUUACCAGGACUGCGAAGAGACCCUAGCUGCCUGUCGAACCCUGCAGAACUAUAGCCAUGGGGAAGGAGAGGAGGAAUCACUCACCAUGGUAGAAGACUGUGGUGCCUCUCAACAUAGCAGCCCCAUGGCCAACCCUCCCAUGCCCCCUUUAGCUAGUCAAUCUGUUCGAUCGGUUAACAGCCCUGGAAUGACUCCAGGAUCUCUCGAAACUGGACCAGGUGUGUCUGGUCCUGCAGGUGGAAAUGGUGGAGGCUACACCCAAAUAACUCCAGAGCAUCCUAGUUCACUUUCUGCCCCAUCAUUGCAGAACAUGGAGACAUCGCCCAUGAUGGAUGUGCCAUCCGUGUCUGACCAUUCUCAACAGGUGGUGGACAGUGGGUUCAGUGACUUGGGCAGUAUCGAGAGUACCACAGAGAACUAUGACAACCCAAGUAGUUAUGACUCCACUAUGGGUGGAGGGGGAGGUGGUGGUGGUGGAAAUAGUGGCAGUGGAAGCAGUAUGUCUGUUACGGUAGCUACUGUCUCAUCUGCUUCUUCUUCAUCCACUUCAUCCUCCUCUUCCUCACAAGGCAAUAGCUGUUCUUUUGUGUCGACUCCUGGCAUGUCGUCUUCCAGUGCUUCUGUGGGCUCUCAACUUGCUAUGGGCAGCUGCAGCUUGAUUCAGCAGGCUGGUCCUGGUCCAAAUGGUGGGCCUGGUUCUAACGGUGGUAGUAGUGUCCCUCAGCCACCUCCACCACCUCCUCCUCCCUCAGCUAACACCCAAAGUUGUGGCAUCAAGUCCCCCCAAAGCUGUGUAAUUGAAAGACCUCCAAGUGCGAGUCAACCUCAGCAGCAGCAAAAGAAGGUUCCCCAGCAGCAACAGCCAAACCCUCAACCUGCACCCUCAGCACCUCCACCUCCUCCUCCUCAGCAGCAGGCACUUUCCCAGUGUAGCAUGGGAAAUACCUUUGCUUCCACACCCAUGAUCAUGGAGAUUCCUGAGAGCGCAGGAAGCGGUGGAAGUGGUCGAAGCAUUUACGACCGAAUGGGCCAGGACUUUGGUGCAGGUGGCUAUGCUCAACCGUCAGCCACCUUUAGUUUGGCCAAACUCCAGCAGCUUACCAACACAAUCAUGGACCCUCAUGCCAUGUCUUAUUCACAUUCAGCUGCUGUCACCUCUUACGCAACAAGCGCCACUUUGCCCAACCCCGGCCUGGCGCAGCUUGCCUCCUCCCCGCACCCUCCUCUGCCUCAGGCUCAGGCCACCAUGACUCCACCUCCUAAUCUUAGCUCUAGCUCAAUGAACCUUGGCACUCCCUUAAUCCAGUGCAACAUGCCAGGAGCCAACAUUGGCCUACCUCCUCCACCCCACACCCAGCGCCUUCAGGGUCAAAUGGGCACAGUGAAAGGCCACAUCGCUAUUCGGUCUAAGGCCCAAAUCUCUGCGGGUUCUCCACACCAACAGCAGAUCUAUGGUCGAAGCUCAAUGCAAGGGUCCCCUCGAACUCUGGCAGUGCAGCGGGGCAUGAUGACUAACCUCAUGCCCACUCCUACUUACAAUUCAAUGAACAUGAACUCUCUCAACGCAGCCAUGUCAGCCAGCUACCGCAUGCCUCAGCCCAUGAUGAACAGCGGGUACCACAGCAACUACAUGAACCAACCUGCCCAGUACCCCAUGCAAAUGCAGAUGGGCAUGAUGGGAGGUCAGCCCUACCCGCAGCAGCCUAUGCAGCCGAAUCACCAUGGCAACAUGAUGUACGCUCCUCCGUCGCACCACAGUUACGCUGGUGUACCCAAACAGUCGCCUUACAUGAGCAGAUGAGUAAGGGAGAAGUUAUGCAGAGACAAACAAGAGGGUAAAGAUAGACAUUUAACCCCUUCCAGAAACAGACUCGCAAUACACUGUGUUGUUACUGGAGUGCACCUACUUUACCUGAGACCUGGAAAACCAUGUUAGUGUGGUAGAACAGGACGGUGCCGCAACUGGAGAGGUUUUACUUUUCAAGUCUUUACCCGUACAAUACGGUGAAGUUUUCACUCGGUUUUGCCCUACCGAAGCUGUGCAGCGUUAAUCAAGCUGACCAGGGUAACGAUGUGAGGUUCGAACAAACCUGACCACAUCAUGUAAACAGGGCACUCCUUUCCUUCCUCUGGUGUUCAUCGCCUAACACAGGGUUGAAGACGAUACGAAGCAGCCGAAGGAUAAAAAGAACGGAGAAACAAACUCGCAUUUGAAGUUCUUAAUGGACUAAACCUGGAUCAUGCAGUCUUUUGGAAUUGACAUAGGAAGCCUUACCUUAAAAAAAAAAAAAAAAAAAAAAAUUGUAGAUUUAACUUGGCUCUAAUUAUUAUUAAUUAUAUUACCACCACAUUUUUUUUUUAUUUUUUUUUUUAUUUUUACGUGUUCUCUUUAUUUGGAUGAUUGUUAAAAUGCUUGUGUUUCAGUCUAGCCUCAUGCUUAGUUUAAAUAUAUAAAUAUAUAUGUAUGUGUGCGUGGCUGGCUAUACAGGGGGGAAAGUGUUUGCUCUUAUAAACAUUCACAUGCACAUUCAGACACUCGCACACACGUUUCGAUAGCCACUUCACGGGUAAGGUGGAGGCACUUCUGCGUGUGGGACGUAGAGCUACUAAGGAGACACCAAGAGACGUUUUUAGUAAUCCGUGUCUUCCCAGUUCUCAGUAUAGGACCACAUGUAUUAAGAAUCGGCGGGACGGAGAAACUGUACGUAGAUGUCCAUAAGUAGCAAGAAACUACCAGUAGCCUGAAUAGGACUAGAGCUCCUGUGAAGAUGUAAAUAUUCUGUUACUUCCUGAUUCACAGCACAGGCUCCCAAACUGCAAAGCGAGUGAGCCAAAACCCCCUCUGGCACCAAAAUACACUCCACUCACUCCACUAGAGGGCACUCUGAUCAAGGGAGAUUUUGAAUUUUUUCCCCCAUUUAUUUAUUUUUUUUUAAACUUCAUACUGCACAGUAUAACAGGGGAAGCAGAACCAGUGGCAGUCUGUACACGUCGACUCCUACUGACACAUGGCUCAUCACAGACCUUCAGAGCUUCAGCUGGUAAUACAGUGCUGUUAGCCUUUAGCGAUGAAGGAGAUGCGGACAGCAAUUCGCAGCGGCGUGCUUGUGCACGCAAAACACAAACCAAGACACGUGCUAUCUUGGUUAAAGUGCAUGUCAUACAGGGACGAAUACCAGUAUAGGACAAGGGGCGGAGAAACUCCUUUGUAUUCCUUUGUAUGUCCAGUAUUCAAUGUCAAUGAGGAUUCUUAAAGAUCUGAGGUUUUCAUAUAUUAUUUGUGUAUUUUUUUUUUGUUUAUUGUUAUUGUUUUUUUGUUUUUUUCUUUGUUUUAAUUUUUUCUGAAUUUUAUCAGACUGGGCAGCUUUCUUUUAUGACACAAGCUGACUCUUUUUGACUUUAGUAAACUUAUUGUAGAGAAAAUGUUUUUUCUAUAAUAUAAAACAAAAAAAUUGACAUGGAUAUUGGUACUGUCAUUUUUCACUUCUGUUUCAGGAAAAAAGAAAAAAAAUCCUACAUAUUUUUUAGCUCAACUUGGGGUAAUAUUAUUAUUAAGAAAUUCAAAACUAAAAAAUUGCAGCUCACUUCUAGUGAAUAAGAUGCCUUUAACCUUUCCAUUCCAUCUCAUCUCUAGAGUUUUCUAUCUUUGUGUAGUAUAUUAAUGCUAUUUUAAAACAAAAGGAGAUGAGGAAUACCUAAAGGUCGUUUAGCUGUUUUUUUUGUUUGUUUGUUUGUUUUUUCCCCCCCAAAUCCCACUCGGUUCUUUCCACGUGUGUAUAGGACGUCCAUUUAAGAGGCAUGUAAAAAUGAGCUCCGUAUGUUUGUCUGUUUAUAUUGCUUCUUUUUUGUAUCCUUUGUAAUUGUACAUGGUGAGUUGUAAGCUAAGUGAGAGCGCGGUAGACGGAGUGAGAGAGUACGAGCGACAGCGUGCCUGCCUCCGUCUCUCUCCUCUCUAUUUCCUCCCUGUAUGUAUUUCCAUUUAUUUGUUUCUCUUUUUUUUCCUUCCUUUCUUAGCAAGUACUUUCAAAGAACUCUGUACAUUUUAACAUGAAACAAAAAUAAAUUAUGUUGAGCCGUUUUA